UGCAACGCACUUGCUCUGUCAUCAUCAUCAUCAUCCCACUUGAAGAAACCUGACCUGAGAUAUUAAGAGAGAGGAUUGUGAUCGCUCAAUUCUCACAGUUUCUCCAUCUACAGAUCGAAGCUGAUGUCGAAAUCUAGGGUUUACACAGAUGUUAACGUUGUUCGUCCCAAAGAGUACUGGGACUACGAGUCUCUCGUUGUUCAAUGGGGACACCAGGAUGAUUAUGAGGUUGUGAGAAAAGUUGGUAGAGGAAAAUACAGUGAAGUAUUCGAAGGCAAAAACGUCAAUACGAACGAGCGAUGCGUUAUCAAGAUCCUCAAACCCGUAAAAAAGAAGAAGAUAAAGAGAGAGAUCAAAAUACUUCAAAACCUCUGUGGUGGACCGAAUAUCGUUAAGCUGUAUGAUAUUGUCAGAGAUGAGCACUCCAAAACACCUAGCUUGAUAUUUGAGUUUGUCAACAGUGUGGACUUUAAAGUAUUGUAUCCAACAUUGACUGAUUACGAUAUCCGGUACUAUAUUUAUGAGCUGCUUAAGGCAUUGGAUUUCUGCCAUUCUCAAGGAAUAAUGCACAGGGAUGUUAAGCCUCACAAUGUCAUGAUAGAUCAUCAGCUGCGUAAACUUCGCCUGAUAGACUGGGGUCUCGCUGAGUUUUACCAUCCCGGGAAAGAGUAUAAUGUUCGAGUUGCCUCACGAUACUUCAAGGGUCCCGAGCUACUAGUUGAUCUACAGGAUUAUGACUAUUCUUUAGACAUGUGGAGCCUUGGCUGCAUGUUUGCUGGCAUGAUAUUUCGCAAGGAACCGUUCUUCUAUGGCCAUGAUAAUCAUGAUCAACUUGUGAAAAUCGCCAAGGUGUUGGGAACCGACGAUUUAUAUACCUACCUUAACAAAUACCAGCUAGAUCUAGAUCCUCAACUGGAAGCACUUGUUGGAAGGCAUAACAGGAAACCAUGGUCCAAGUUUAUCAAUGCUGACAACCAACACUUGGUCUCACCAGAGGCCAUUGAUUUUCUGGAUAUGCUUCUUCGGUAUGAUCAUCAAGACAGAUUAACCGCAAGAGAGGCCAUGGAUCAUCCAUACUUCGCUCAAGUUAAAGCUGCAGAGACCAGCAGACUCCGAACUCUGUAAAACCAAACCUUGAAGUGAUGCCUACUACUAUUUUUUGAACCAAAACAUUGUCAUGUUGUUGUAAGAACUCAAAGAAAGUUGUAUCAAAAUUGUGGUAAUUGAUCCUUUCAUGAAAACAUAAUGGAUAAGCAAAACGAA